AUGAAUAACAUGAUGUUGCCGUCGGAAAUUGAACAAAACAUACUUGCAUUCAAUCGUUCUCUGAAACAAGUGGAGAGUUUGGUUCAACCUCUCUUGGAACAACCACUCACAUCAAAAACCUCUAAAUUAGAUCCCGAGUCAAGAGCUAAAGUGAAUUUAUGUUGUGCCUAUACCGUGAAUACUCUUUUUUAUUUGUAUUUGAAAACGCAAGGAAUAAAUCCUGAUGAUCAUCCAAUCAAGCAAGAAAUUGCUCGCAUUCAGCUCUACUUUAAAAAGCUGAAAGAAAGGUCCAACAAAGCUUCGUCAAAUGAUAAUAGAAAUGAUGAUGAUGAUGACAAUCAUAAUAGUAGUACUAGUAGUGAUAAUAGUAACAAUAGCAACAGUGUUCAUCUCAACAACAACACCACCACAGCAAAUACCUCACAACAAGACUCUUUUCCAACAACUACUACAUCCUCUACCACCCUUCCUGAGGGUGACAAUAAAAAGCGUAAAAAUAAGGCUUCUGAUUCUUCAAAGAGGAAGAAGAAGAAGUAA